UGUCGGGAAAUGGUUUUAAACUGGAGGGCGGUGACGGCUGAGCCGCCGUUUCUCAGCCGCGGGAUUUCAGUUGUGUCCUUCAUCUCUGAAAGGCUCAGUUGGAGUAGUUAAGACGCGCUGUCUUUUGCCCUUUCCCUGGCGGGCAGAAGCUGGCUUUGCAAGAGCGAGGGGCGCGAAGCUUGGCGGCUAGGGGAUUUCAGUAUAGACAUAGUUUUGGAGCCAGACUUGAAGGAUUAUUCGUGAAUCCGGAAUGGGUGACAGAGUCACCAUGGCAUUUUAUUGAGUAUGGAUCCUUAUAUUGCGCCGGGAUCGACUCCUAGACAGAGUGCAACCUCAGGUCUUAAAGAUUGCUUUAUAGGUACCACCCCACUGCAGAAACGAUUGGAAUCAGUCAGGAAGCAGGUUUCAGUUCUCCCAACCCCACCUCGAAGGAAAAUUCCUCAGUGUUCACAAUUGCAGGAAGAUGUUGAUCCUCAGAAAGUUGCAUUCCUUCUGCAUAAACAAUGGACUUUAUAUAGCUUAACUCCCCUGUAUAAGUUCUCCUAUACUAAUCUCAAAGAGUAUUCAAGACUUCUGAGUGCAUUUAUUGCCGCUGAGAAGCAAAAAGGACUUGCCGUGGAAGUGGGAGAAGACUUCAAUAUCAAAGUGAUUUUCUCUACUCUCGUAGGAAUAAAAGGAACACAAAGGGAUCCUGAAGCAUUUCUCGUCCAGAUUCUGUCAAAGUCUCAGUUGCCAUCUCAGAACAGAGAAGGUAAAGUGUUAUGGACUGGCUGGUUCUGCAGUGUAUGUGGAGAUAGUCUUCUGGAGACUGUUUCAGAAGACUUCACCUGUCUACCCUUAUUCCUUGCAAAUGGAACAGAGUCUAAUACAGCCAUAAUUAGAACUUGGUUUCAGAAAACCUUUGACUGUUACUUCAGUCCUUUAGCAAUCAACGCAUUUAAUCUUUCCUGGAUGGCUGCUAUGUGGACUGCAUGCAAAAUGGACCGUUAUAUGGCUACUACUGAGUUCUUUUGGUCUGUACCCUGUAGCCCUCAGAGUCUGGAUAUUUCUUAUGCAAUACAUCCAGAGGAUGCAAAAGCUUUGUGGGACAGUGUCCACAAAACGCCUGGGGAGGUUAUCCAGGAGGAAGUUGACUUAUUUAUGGACUGCCUUUAUUCACAUUUCCAUAGGCAUUUCAAAAUUCAUUUAUCAGCCACAAGACUGGUUCGUGUUUCAACAUCUGUAGCUUCUGCACAUACUGAUGGAAAAAUAAAGAUUCUGUGUCAUAAAUACCUUAUUGGUGUGUUGGCAUAUUUGACAGAACUGGCAAUUUUUCAAAUUGAAUGAGGCCUUGUGUGGACUGUAUGUUGUGGAUUAUAUACCCAUUUUCACUGAUUCUUUGCCUAGUUGCUAUGUUGAGAGGGACCGAAAGAGAAGUGGGAUCUGUCUCUGCAUCUGUCUCUUCAUGAUGCCUUUGAAGUUGCUUGAAUGGAAGCCAGGAAGGAUCUAGAACACUGAAUGUGGUCGUGGGGAGUCACAGCUGUGUGCUCAAGGACUAGUCAUGAUGAUCUGGGGUGCCAUUUUCUAGAAAAUGUUAAUUUUUGUUCAUCUUUUUAAAAAAAUGUUUACUAUGUUAAAUUUUUAGGAUUCAAAUGAGAUGUAUUUAAUAUUGGAUAUUUGUGCUGAGAUCUUUAAAACCUUUAAUGACGUGUAAGUAUUUUAGCCUUGCACUGACAGAACUUUUUGUCUUCUAAAGACAUUUUCCUUGCAUUGUUUUGCUGUAGAGAACUGGCCAUCAAAGUCCCCUGAAAAGGGCAAUAAAGAUGAAUAGAGCUGUGUGUGGUGAAGCAUGACCGCAGUGCCAGCACUCUGGGAGGCUGAGGCAGGAACAUCACAGGUUUGAGCCCAGCAGGGUAACAGACUGUAUCUCAAAAUAAAAAAGAUAAGCCCAGCAUG